AUGGCAGAUUUCAGUAUUUCAGUGGCUGAGGACCAGUUCAUCUGUCCAAUUUGUCUGGAUCUCUUGAAGGAACCUGUAACCGUCCCAUGUGGACACAGUUACUGCAUGAGCUGUAUUACAGGCCACUGGAAUCAUGAAGAUCAGAGGGGAAUCUACAGCUGUCCACAGUGCAGAAAGUCCUUCAUGCCGAGACCUGAUUUAGGCAAGAAUGUGAUGAUUGCUGAAAUGGUGGAGAAAGUGAAGAAGACUGAGCCUCGAGAUGCUGUUCCUGCUGGACCUGGAGACGUGAAGUGUGACGUCUGUACUGGGCGGAAAAACAAAGCAUUCAAGUCUUGUCUAGUGUGUCUGAACUCUUACUGUCAAACUCAUUUUGAGGAGUUUCAUUCUGAUAAACGACACAAAGUGAUCGAUGCCACUGGACGACUGAAGCAGAUGAUCUGCCAAAAACACGAUAAGAUUCUGGAGGUUUUCUGUUGCACUGACCAACAAUUUAUUUGUGUUCUGUGCACGAUGGAUGAACACAGAUAUCAUGAGACUGUAUCAGCUGCAGAAGAAAAGUCUAAGAUGCAGGGUCUUUUGAGAGAGAUGCAGAGAACAGUCCAGCAGAGAAUCCAGAAGAAAGAGAUGAAGCAUCAGGAACUGAGAGAGGCUGUGGAGUCUCAAAAGCGAUCUGCACAGGCGGCAGUGGAGGACAGUGAGAAGAUCUUCUCUGAUCUCAUUCGCUCCAUUGAGAAAAGCCGCUCUGAGGUGACAAAGCUGAUCAGAGCUCAGGAAAGAGCUUCAGUGAGUCGAGCUGAAGAACGACUGGAGCAACUCAAGCAGGAGAUCACGGAUCUGAGGAGGAAUGAGGCUGAACUGGAGCAGCUUUCAGACACGGAUGAUCACAUCCGUUUGCUCCAGAGUUUCCAGUCUCUCUCUCUCUCUGGAUCUACAAAAUUACCCAGAAUCAUCAUCAGUUCUGUCCUCUCUUUUGACGAUGUCAGGAAAUCUGUCUCUAAACUCAGAGACCAACUAAUCCAAUACUGCAGAGAGCAGAUAGACAACAUAUCUGGUACAGUGAAACACAUUCAGAUCAUUCUUGGCCCUGAUUUUGAGACCAGAGUGGAAUACUUGGGAUAUUUCCAUCAGUUCACUUUGGAUCCAAACACGACUAAUAAAAACAUCAGUCUGUCUGAUAAGAGCAGGACGAUUACUAGCACUCAUAUAGACCAGCCGUAUCCUGAUCAUCAGGACAGAUUUGUUUCUGUAGUUCAGGUGUUGUGUAGAGAGAGUGUGUCUGGACGCUGUUACUGGGAAGUUGACUACGGUCAGAGUGAACGUUUGGGUGUAUCGGUGUCCUAUAAGAGCAUCAGUAGGAAGGGACGUGGCAAUGAGUGUAAGUUUGGACAUAAUAAUCAGUCCUGGAUAUUGUUGUGUUCUCCCCCCAAAUACAUAUCCCUGCACAAUAACAUAAAGACUAAACUCAUCGUAGCAUCAAGCUCCUCUAGAAUAGGAGUGUAUGUGGAUCACCGUGCAGGAAUUCUGUCCUUCUACAGCGUCUCAGACACAAUUACCCUCAUUCAUAAAGUCCAGAUCACAUUCACACAACCUCUCUAUCCUGGGUUCUCACUGGGCAGCAAUGCAACAGUGAAACUAUGUAAUGUCAAAACAUAA